AUGGUCUCGACCGCCUCGCUUUCCCUUCGGAACUUCCCCAACGUUUUCCGCCCAGAACCGCCCACGGCGCAGGCGCUGCGCUCCAAGCUAGGGGACCUGGAGGAGGAGCUGGACAGCGCCAACGAAGCCAAGGCGGAGCUGGAGCAGCUCGGGAGCCUCAAGGAGCAGCUGGAGGUGGAGGAUGCUGGCAUGGACUCGCACCACCACUCCCCGCCGAAGGCCUACGCCUUGGCAGCAGCACCAGGGAAGGAGAUGGAGACGAACGAGGGCACCACGGUCUGA